CUUCUUCCCCAACUGCUGUGAUGCACACUUCGAUUCCUGCUCCGCCAGAGCAGAUAAAGGAAGGAGAAGCAGAUGGAACCUGCAGGCCAGACUUGGGCCAAGAGACGUCCAAUGCCCACAGGAAGUUUUAACUAAGAAAUAAACUUGUCAGACUCCAGCUGAAUGAAACUGGCAAACCGGAAGCCUGGUUGUGUAACUUUCCAUAAUUGCACAGGCCGGCUGUUUUCUGAACCUUGAGGAGCUGCCAAUUCCUUAUUUAAAAGAGUGUUGCGCCGGCAGCUAACAAGGGCUCUGGAAGAUGGAAGACGAAGAUGGAUAUAUGCAAAUAGAUCCGAAAAGCCAGCAACAGCGCACCGCACCACUUCCCAAGUGCACCAAAGGUUCUCCCUCGAAUGUCUGGUGGAAAGUCGCUUUUGGCAUUGCGCUGGCAGGGAAUAUUGCUCUGGUCCUUCUUCUUGUUUUUCUUAGUCUUCCAGGUAAGAAGAUUCCAGUUUCCCAGGACGUUUUUGCCAGCAAACCUCCACACAACCAGAUCCGGAGUUGCCUGAAAAGAUGUGUCCCUUGCAGCUCGGAUAAGACGAGCACAACAGCAAAUCUGACUCUGGAUCCGAGCACAGCUCAUCCCCAGCUCUACGUAUCAGAAGAUCUGAAGAGUGUGAAAUGGAGAGGCAUGAAACAAAAUGUGUCUCCUGGUCCCCUGAGAUAUGACGUGAUGGCCAGCGUCCUAAGCCAUCAGGGCAUCAACUCGGGGAAAUAUUGCUGGGAAGUGGAAGUGGUGGAAGGGGGCAGUUGGUGGGGUGUGGGAAUCGUGAGGCAGUCUGCAAACAGAAACGGGCAAAUUUACCUUGCACCAGAGGGAGGGUACUGGGGGGUACAGCGUAUUGAUGGGCAGUACCAGUCUAUUACUGACAAUCCUAGGACAAAUUUGUCCUUAUGCCAUCACCCGAGUAGGAUCCGGGUUUCCCUAGACUAUACAGAGGGCCUGGUAGCAUUUUUUGACGGCGAUACUGAUGCCCAUCUCUUUACCUUUCCGAAAGCAAAAUUCUCUGGGGAAAAGGUCCAUGCCUGGUUCUUGAUUUAUGGAUGGAAUGGGGAGCUGACGGUCUAUCCAUGAGAGAGAGGAGCAUCCCAACGCUGCUCUUCUAGGGUCUGAAACCAGUCUCUAUAGCUCUGGAAGGCUCUCAUACAAGAAUAUACUUUAUAGCCCAGCCACUCAACCACAGACUCAUAAAUACUAAGGGGGUAUCACUCAUGGCAUGGCUACUUAACUUAUCUUGUCUACUAGGGCCACACAGAAAAUGUACUAUUUGAAGUUCGAUUUGACAUUCUGAAUAAGUGCGUGGUUUUUAUCCCAGCAUGCAGUUCCACAGGGCUACUGGCCAAGCUGCAAAAUGUUUGAGCUACUUGAUGACUUUGUAAGCCACCUGGGGCCCAGAUGCUAGGCUUCCUCAUGUCCAGUGUCAACACCAGGCCUCCACAGUGUUCACAACCUGCCAGGUAUACUUGGUGACCUGCUAAGUGCUGGUUCCAAACAGGGAGCAGGAAGUUUAUGCAGGGCCGUCUUAAGCCUAUCUGGCGCCGUGGUUCAAAGAUCCCUCCCCCCCCCCGUUACCCAGAGUUGCUGACCUUUAUAUAGCACGGCCGGCAGCUUUGCGGGGCUUAAGGAGGCGGGCAGUGGCUGGAGAGCGGCUCCUCCGGCGGGGAAGAGGCGGAGGCUCCGGGUGUGGCGCUGCUUCAGCGUAGUGGGCAAGGGCGCUGCGCCCAGCCUCUGCCUCUUCCCUGGUGUCCGUGCUGGAGUGACCAUGGUAGGCAGAGGCUCCGGGCGUGGUGUUGCUUUGGCGCGGCAGAUGAGGGCAAUGAGCUGAUGCCCGGAGGCAUUGCGUCCAGCCUCCGCCUCUUCCCAGGCGCCCUCCAGAACUUGGCGCCCUGGUGUCCCGCGCCACUUGCUUCUAUGGGCAAGAGUUUAUGAAGGCUCUAGUGGGCUUCCAUACAUGACUAGCAAAUGAUACUCCACCUAGAUCAGGGAUGGUGUGCCUGUAGCCCUUCAUAAAGUGUUGGGCUCCAACACCAUUUGGCAAGUCAUAUCAGCCUAUGGAAGACAGGCUUCUAUUUGAGGACAUCCUCUAUUUGAAGGGCUGUCUGGUCCAAGGAUAAAGAGCCCUAAGAAGGAAGAGGAGCAGGGGUCAUGAAGUAGUCUAUCAACAGAGUCCUCACCUGCACAGCAGAUUGAGCAGGGACAUGGAUCACCUCCUCCCAAUCUUCUCCAUUAGGGCAAGGUGUAAUGUUUCUCAUUUUAAUAGGGGAGGAGGUAGCGCUGUGGUCUCAACCACUGAGCCUCUUUGGCUUCCUGAUCAAAAGGUCAGAAGGUUCGAAUCUGCGUGAUGGGGUGAGCUCCCAUGGCUCUGUCCCAGCUCCUGCCAACCUAGCGGUUCAAAAGCACGCCAGUGCAAGUAGAUAAAUAGGUACCACUGUGGCGGGAAAGUGAACAGCUUUUCUGUGUGCCCUGGCACUUGUCACGGUGUCCUGUUGUGUCAGAAGCGGUUUAGUCCUGCUGGCCACAUGACCCAGAAAGCUGUCUGUGGGCAAACGCCAGCUCCCUCGGCUUGAAAAGCAAGAUGAGCGCCGUACCCCAUAGUCGCCUUUGACUGGACUUAACCAUCCAGGGGUCCUUUACCUUUUUACUGUUGGAAACAAAUUCUGCCCUUAUAGAGUCCUUUGUAGGAUCUCCAUCGGUAGGAGAAAUAACAGAGGCCAACCAGAGAAUAUUGAGAAGGAAAGCAGCUAGUAAGCCUGAUCUUUAUUGAACUGUUGCAACAGGGUGCUCACUCACAGGCAGGAGAAAGGAGGAGGACCCAGAACAAAUUUAUAUAUAUAGACAUUUUGAAAUUCCCUGCCCUGGAGCUCAAAACCACUCCUCCAUACACCAUACAUACAUCACAGAAGGGGUGUAGCCCAAGACCACCCCCCAGAUACAUCAUACCUACAUCACAGUAAAGGCGGUCUACAACAGAAAUUUGAAUGUUGUUGUUUUUCCUGCCAGGUUAUCUGAUAAUGCCUUAUCUAAUUUCCUGGCAGUCUGGCCAUUUCUUUGAGAUGGUAAUUACUUAAUUCCUGAGAGAAUGGGAAGGUUCCCUCACCCCCUCCCUCCUUACAGAGAAACAUUUGGUCAGCUUGGGAGUCAAAAUGGUUUCAGGACUGUCUUCCUGUACUGUUUUCAGUCAUUGGUUUAUAUAUUUAUGUACGGGUUUGCCUCGUACAUUUAUGAACAUUUAUUAUAUAUCUAAGACCUUAAAAUUCUUAUAACAUUAUCUACCUUUCUCAAUUUAAAUUUCUAAAGUUGCACCUAUAUACAUUUUUAUGCAAAUCAGUAUCCUCUUUGUCUAGUGACACAUUUUCUCAAUUUUGGUAAGGCAUAAACGGCCACCCUUUAUCAGCCCAGUAAUGCAACUUAAAAGGUGAAACCAAUAUAUGAGAUAAAUGCAUGACAUGCAACGCAAGAUUUGUCAAGCCUUUAUUUGUUGUAAUUGUAAUUAUUUAUCAUUAGGCGGGACAAUUAUAAAUGGAAUGUAAUUACAGUGGUACCUCGCAAGACGAAUGCCCUGCAAGAUGAAUUAUCCGCAAGGUCUUGCGAUCUGAUGGUGACUUGCAAGACAAAAUCGUUUUGUGAAAAAUUCAUCUUGUGAAUCGUGGUUUCCCAUAGGAAUGCACUGAAAUUUAAUUAACGCGUUCCUUUGGGCAAAAAAAUAAAUUUCAAUGCAUUCCUAUGGGAAACCGUGAUUCGCAAGACGAAAUUUUCGCAAAAUGAAUUGACUCGCGGAACGAAUUAAAUUUGUCUUGCGAGACAUCACUGUAAUGAAAAGUAAUAGCGAUGUUUAUUUUUGUAUUAUUGUAACUAUUUGUUUUAUUACUGUGGAAUUUCCAAAAGAAAGCAUUUGUAAAAAUUAAAAGAAAAAGAAAACAAUGAUAAGUUGCAUUACUGAAAUAAAGGCACUUUUCAACGAUAUUCUAAUUUUCUGAGUUUCACCUGGGUUUCCCAGCCAUUCUGGGCGGAAUAUCUAAAAAAUAAAAUAAAAAAUCAGGCAUUAAAUCCUCUUGAUAGAGGGCUGCCUGUAUUAUUCUUAUUCUUAUUAUAAGUUCAGCUACAGCUGAGGGGCAUGGGCUCCCUAUUUCUGCACAAAGGUACAAGCUGGACUCCACCUUUGUUAUUUAUAGAUUGUAGCAUGCAAAAUUCCUUGUAAUCCUCAUCUAAUUUAGAUUCCUAAUAACCCAGUAAGGCAGUUGACUUGUGAUCAUUUCCUGGGGGAUGGGAUGAGGUCAGAGGUUGGGGGAUUUCCCAUAGCCGCUUGACAAAUGCAGAAUGACUCAGUGAAAAGCCCGUUCCUCCCAGCCAUUUCUGCUCUCAACGAUGACUUGAAAAGCUCUGACUGGGUUGACUUCCAAGGGAAGAAAUAGAAGCCAGAGGUUCCUGGAAUCCCCAGCGCUGUCAUGAGAUCUCUUUGCAAACCACAAACACGUCCCAAGGUCCCAAAGCGAAAUGGCUGAAAGUGAGCGAAAGGACUUUAAAAAAAGAAAAGAAAAAGAAAACCGUGUUUUUAAAAUAGCACAGAGAAUCUAGAAAACAGAAGCUUCCAUCCACAAUUAGUCACUCUGUGGACCUGACAGCUUUGCAAGCACUGUGUAGGAAGAGGGGGAAGUGCCAUGGGGAGCAUAAAGCAAUAGGAAGGCAGGUUCCAGAAGACAAGGCUGUUACAUAGGCUCUGCAUGUUUCCGACUACAGUAUACCUUCUUCGGGAGCUUGGAAAACUUGCAAGUUCCUUAUACUCAGAAACAACCUGUUCAGAAAAAUCUGAACCCCAGAAGCACCUCUGAACAACUCUUUCUAAACUGUAUUGAAGUUUCUCUUUACAGUCAAGCGGUGUAUACAUUUUAUGAAAUAAAUAAACAAGUUGC